AUGUCCGUGUACCUGAAUACGGCGGCCUCAGAAUUCAACGGUAUCGUGCAGUACUCCACGUUGGCCGUGGUGCAGAGCAUGAUCCUGGCGGCGGGGAAACCAGUCUUUGCGAAAGUCGCCGAUGUCAUCGGUCGAGCGGCGACGCUGGCCUUGUCGGUCGCCGUCUUCACCGUCGGCACUGUCACCAUUUCGUCGUCGCAGAACAUGGGCGGUCUGGCGGCGGGGAUGGUUUUCUUUUCCCUGGGGAACACCGGGGUCACAUUUAGCCUUCAACUCCUGGUGGCGGACCUGACGUCCCCUCGCUGGCGGUGCGCCAUCUCCAACGCUUUGGCCAUUCACUUCAUCAUCAAUUUUGGCAUCGCCUCCAAAAUCACCAACGCUCUGGUGCCGCAAAGCUGGCGGUGGGGGGUGGGCAUGUUCACCAUCAUCAACCCCUGCGUGACGGGGCCCAUCGUCGCCGUACUGGGAUGGCAGCAGUACCAGUCGGCCCGUCGAGGCGCCAUCCGCAAGUACCCGUACGAGGGCCUGGGAUUCUCGCGCUCCGUUUGGUCCUUUGUCGUCGACGUUGACCUUCUCGGACUGACGUUCUUUGCCGGCGGCUUUCUCCUUCUACUCCUCCCGUUGACCAUCGCCGACAGGGCACCCGAUGGGUACAAGAGCGGCUACAUCGUCGCCAUGUUUGUCCUGGGUGGGGUCAUGCUCCUGCUGUGGCCGCUCGUCGAACUCCGGAUGCCGCGCCCGUUGGUGCGACUGCGCACCUUCUUCGCCAAUCCGGACGUAAUUGUCCCGGCGUCCAUCCUCUUCGUCGAUCAGUUUUCCGUGGCCAUGACCAUGACACCCGCAUUCCAGUGGAUCGAAAUCACCCAUGGCUGGAGCACGGGCGACGCGACCUACUUCCUUUACACCCAGUCGCUGUGCCUGGUCGUCUUCAGCGUCCUGGCCGGCUCGCUCGCCACGUACACCGGGCGCUACCAGCGCGUGUGCAUCGCCGGCGCCUGCGUCCGCAUGAUCGGCCUGGGCCUGAUGUUGAAAUACCGCACCUCUCACGCCACUACAUUCCAGGUGGUAAUACCCCAGGUCCUCAUGGGCCUCGGCGGCGGGCUCAUGACUGCCAACGUCACUGUAGUCGCUCAGGCCGCUGUACCACACGAUGAGCUCUCCAUCGUGACUGGAUUCGUGCUGUUGGUCCUCGAGCUUGGCUCCGCCAUCGGGAGCGCCACGGUCGGGGCCGUGCAACAAACACUCCGCGCCAGCCUGCACCACUACCUGGACCCCAUCACCGGCGGCAACGCCACCGUGGUCAACCUCAUCUACGCCCAGGGUAGUCGCGCCGUCGCCGGUUUCCCGUUGGGCACCCCGAUCCGUGACGCGACCGUCCACGCAUGGUCCGAUAUCAUGCACAAGUUGAUCGUCGGCGCACUCACACUGGCCGCGGUGAACCUCGUCACCUGUCUGGUUUUACCCGACCAUGUAUUGAAAGACAAACAACAGAAUAACGUGGAAGACGAGACUGUCGGAAUUAUGCCUCCCCAAGCCGUCCUACCUAAGUCGAACCGACGCGCACACAGGGAGGCUUGA